AGCCUGAAGACAGGGCAGAGCGGCGGCGCGGUAGCUUUCACUCUGGGGACCCACGAUCCCAACGUCCAACCCGGCCGCCUCGAAGCUUAAGGAAGACUCGACCCGCAGCCGUGCGCUUGCCCCCAUCCGCGCUCUUUGCAGGCGUCCGGCUCCACCCCCACCCCCACCCCCCGACGUGCCCCCGCCCCCUACGUGCCCCCGCGCACCGCGCCCCCCGCCCACCCGGCACGCCCAGCCGCCCCGCCCGGCCGAAGCGGGCCCGGAGACGCCCCACAGGCCUGAGUGACCCUCGCAGCGGCGCUGUCCUCCUCCGCCGCUCGCAGCCAUGGACGUGUACCCCCCACACCGGCUGGGGCUGCCCCGCGCACGGUCCCCCGGCGGCCCUGGCCGCGGGUCGCCCUCCGUCAGCUGCAGUCGACUCCGCCAGGUUCAGAGCAUCCUGACCCAGAGCAGCAAGUCUCAACCCGACGGGAUCCUCUGCAUCCUAGGAAUCGAUAGCAGGUACAAUGAAGGCUGCAGAGAGCUGGCAAAUUAUCUUCUGUUUGGUUUGUACAAUCAGAAUACCAGUGAUUUUGAGAAAACAGGGUUUUCUGAAGAAGUUCUAGAUGAUGUGAUUAUAUUGAUUAAAUCAGAUAGUGUCCACCUGUACUGUAAUCCUAUAAAUUAUCGCUAUCUUUUACCCUAUGUGGCACAUUGGAGAAAUCUGCAUUUCCACUGCAUGACUGAAAAUGAGUAUGAAGAUGAGGAAGCUGCAGAAGAAUUUAAAAUUGCCAGUUUUGUAGACAUGGUUCGAGACUGUAGUAGAAUUGGCAUUCCUUACAGCUCCCAAGGUCACUUGCAGAUAUUUGAUAUGUUUGUAGUGGAGAAAUGGCCAAUUGUACAGGCCUUUGCACUUGAGGGCAUUGGAGGGGAUGGAUUUUUUACCAUGAAAUACGAGUUGCAGGAUGUGAGUUUGAAUCUAUGGAAUGUCUACAGCAAGAUGGAUCCUAUGUCUCUGGAGAGUUUGCUUUCAGAAGAUUUGGUGGCUUUUGAACGUCAGUGGACUAACUUCUUCGCCAAUUUUGACACAGAAAUUCCCUUCUUGCUGGAAUUGUCCGAAUCUCAGGCGGGUGAACCAUUCAGAAGUUACUUUAGUCAUGGAAUGAUUUCCAGUCAUAUAACUGAAAAUAGCCCUAAUAGGCAGCCAUUUGUUCUCUUUGGUAAUCAUUCCACAAGAGAAAACCUGAAUGCUGGCAACUUUAACUUCCCUUCUGAAGGGCAUCUGGUACGCAGCACUGGUCCCAGCGGGAGCUUUGCCAAACACAUGGUAGUACAGUGUGUUUCACCAAAGGGACCCCUUGCUUGUUCAAGAACAUACUUUUUUGGAGCUACUCAUGUUCCUUACUUGGGAGAUGACAACAAGCUGCCCAAGAAAACUGAACAAAUUAGGCUCUUGUCACAGGUAUAUGCUGCUGUUAUUGAGGCUGUUUUGGCUGCCAUUGUAUGUUAUGCUAAAACUUCCAGUCUAACAAAGGCCAAGGAGGUAGCUGAGCAGACCUUUGGAUCUGGGUUAAAUUCCUUUGAGUUGAUGCAGUUUAAGGCAGCCCUACGCUCCAAGAUGGCUUUUCAUAUACAUGCUGUGAAUAAUCAGGGAAGACUUGUGCCUCUGGACAGUGAAGAUAGCUUAUACUUUGUGAAGACGGCUUGUAUGACCAUCUAUGACAUUCCUGACUUGCUGGGAGGAAGUGGGUGCUUAGGAUCUGUGGUCUUCUCAGAAUCAUUUUUGACAUCUCAGAUCUUGGUUAAAGAAAAGGAUGGCACUGUUACCACAGAAACCAGCUUCAUAAUCCUGACAGCUGCCAUACCCAGAUUCUGCUCCUGGCUGGUAGAAGAUAUUGAAGCAAAAUUUUCUGAGAAAACCCAGCAAUCGGUUAUGGGAGAUGAGUGUUUCCUGGGCACUUUUCUAACUAGAGGAGAAGGGGCGUAUCUUUAUUCUAGUAAUCCACAGUCUUGGCCUGAGGAAGGGAAAGUACAUUUCUUCUCUGGUGGACUUCUGUUUUCUGACCGUCAUCACGGAAAUAUCAUCAUUUCCAAGGAUCACAUGAAUUCCGUUUUGUUCUAUGAUGGGGAUUCCACCAGUAUUGUUGCUGCCCUUCUGAUAGACUUCAAAAGUUCAUUGCUUCCCCAUCUUCCAGUUCAUUUCUGUGGAUCAAGCAAUUUUCUGAUGAUUGCCCUUUUCCCCAAAUCCAAGAUAUACCAGACAUUUUACUCAGAGGUCUUCUCCCCCUGGCAACAGCAGGCUAACUCAGGGCUGUCUUUAAAAGUGAUCCAGGAAGAUGGAUUAUCUGUGGAACAAAAGAGAUUACACUCCAGUGCACAGAAGCUCUUCAGUGUCCUGAGCCAUUCUGCUGGGGAGAAACGGAGUCCUCUAAAGCUACUCUCAGCCGAACUCCCAGAGCUGGAUGGGUUUCUCCAGCGUUUUGCCGUCAGCAGCAUUAGUCGGGAACCCGUGAUGAGGACCCAUCUCCCUGUCCUGCUGCAGCAAGCUGAAAUCAACCCUACUCACAGAGUAGAAAAUGAAAAGGUAAUUAUCAGCAUUGUAACUGGCCUCCCAGGCUGUCAUGCUAGCGAGCUCUGUGCUUUUCUGGUCACUCUGCAUAAGGAAUACGGCAGGUGGAUGGUAUACCGUCAAGUCAUGGACAGCUCCGAAUGUUUUCAUGCUGCCCACUUCCAGAGAUACCUUUCCAGUGCCCUGGAGGCCCAACAGAACCGCUCUGCCCGCCAGUCAGCCUACAUCCGCAAGAAGACCAGACUACUGGUGGUGUUACAAGGCUACACAGAUGUUAUUGAUGUUGUCCAGGCCCUGCAGAUACAUCCAGAUUCAAAUGUCAAGUCCUCCUUCACCAUUGGUGCCAUCACAGUGUGCGUGGAGCCCCUGAGCUGCUACAUGGAGCACAGAUUUCUCUUUCCUAAAUGUCUCGACCAGUGUUCACAAGGCCUGGUGAGUAAUGUUGUGUUCACCAGUCACACCACAGAGCAGAGGCACCCUCUCCUCAUUCAGUUGCAGAGCCUCAUCAGAGCUGCCAAUCCUUCCGCAGCCUUCAUUCUUGCAGAAAAUGGGAUUGUCACCAGGAAUGAAGACAUUGAACUGAUUCUCUCAGAAAAUAGUUUUUCGAGUCCUCAGAUGCUACGAUCUCGAUAUCUAAUGUACCCUGGCUGGUAUGAAGGUAAAUUUGAUGUUGGAUCGGCCUUUCCAUUAAUGGUUCAGAUUUGUGUAUGGUUUGGUCGUCCCUUGGAGAAGACUCGCUUUGUGGCCAAGUGUAAAGCAAUUCAGUCCUCUAUCAAGCCAAGUCCCUUCUCUGGAAACAUCUACCACAUACUGGGCAAAGUGAAGUUUUCAGACUCUGAGAGGACCAUGGAGGUCUGCCACAACACUCUGGCCAAUUCCUUGAGCAUCGUGCCAGUUUUGGAGGGACCCACGCCACCGCCUGACUCCAGAAGCACACCUCAAGGCAGCAGUGGGCAGCAGGAAUGCUACCUCGUGUUCAUAGGCUGCUCCCUGAAGGAAGAAAGUGUCAAGGACUGGCUGCGGCAGUCAGCUAAGCAGAAGCCUCAGAGGAAGGCCCUGAAGACCAGGGGGAUGCUGACCCAGCAGGAGAUCAGGAACAUCCAUGUGAAACGCCACCUGGACCCCCUACCUGCAGGUUACUUUUAUAAUGGCACCCAGUUUGUCAACUUCUUUGGUGACAAGACUGAUUUUCACCCACUCAUGGACCAGUUCAUGAAUGACUACGUGGAAGAAGCCAACCGGGAAAUCGAGAAGUAUAACCGCGAGCUGGAGCAGCAGGAGUAUCAUGACCUCUUUGAGCAGAAGCCCUAGAGGAAGAAGACCCUGGAGAUGGAUGUUUUAAAACGGGGUGUCUUAACCUCAGCUUUUCCAGAGGCCUCUCCCUAGAGGGGCUGUCUUUGUUCUCCUUGGCCUUUGUGUGCUGGCUUGAGUGCAUGUUGUCGUUAUUCUCUAUACAGCGGUGCACCACUGAUUUGGCGGGGGAGGGGGGUCCUCAUGGAGGAUGAGCAGACAGGGGCUGCCCUUUGUGUGCAGCCGGCAGUCCAGGACCUCUGGGUCUCUGAUAACAGUAUUUCCUUUGGGCUGUUGCAGCAGUGUGUGAGGGUGGGGAGGAGCGUUUGGAUUGCACAGAGUGACUGCUGGGACAUAAAGAAUUCUGGCUGCUAAACUGUGGCCAUGCCUGGGGGCCCAGGCCACCACAGGCCUCGGGCCUCAGACAUCACCCCAGGAGAGCCUUUCACCCCAGUGGAGUGCCUGCCUCCCUGUUUAGGCCCCUACCACUGAAGGCUUGGGCCCUGCUGACCCUGUGCCCAGUCCUAGAGGGAACAGCACAAGCCCUGGUCAGUCCCAACCCACAGAGCCAACAGCUUGGGCGGAGAUCAGCAGCUUAUUCUAAAAUGAGGGAAUUUCACUUACGGACUAAACAGAGGGGAAAGACUUGUUGCUUUCCAGAAGUAUGUGGCUUUUGAAUUGACACAAGCAGCCCCCCUUGGGACUGGUUUUGAGCCUCCUCAUGUCAUCACUGUGGUUUACCUCAUUCGGGGACGAGAAAAACUGCUGCUCAGGCCUCCUUGGUGACGCUUUGCCUCACUGUUAAGGGCAGUGUCCUGCAACUGCAUAGUCUUGGGCCCAGGGUUCUGGUCGCUUAUGGGGCAUCUUCACUUGAAGGGGGUUCAGUCUCAGCACCCAUACCUCCCCUCAGUCUUGCCAGGGAAGGCCUGGUUUUCAGCCCAACCUUCAGGAAUCUCAUGUCUCCAAGCAUCGUUGCUAGCCUUGUAUUUGUUUGGCUCCAGGGGACCAGGAAUUUCCAAUAUCCAAGUUAGAAUUCCUUCUAGUAGCUUUGUUUUCAGCUGGACUAAAAAGCAGAGGGGAAUUUCAAGUGUAUCCCAUGCCUGACCUCCAGAAUUAGUGUGGGGAAGAGGAAGGUCGCAGGCACAGAUACUUAGGUGAUGUCUCUUAGGACUUCAGCGCCUCAGCUGCCUAGAUUGUAAAUGCUUUCUGAAUUUCACGUAUUUUUUUGCAUGCCUUAGGAAGGAGCACAUAGGCAAAACCAGCAAAGUUUCUAGUAAUGUAGAGGGGUUUUUGAGAAAGGAUCCUGGCACAGAGGAGAGACAGAAAACCGAUGGAGCACAUGUGGUCUGUCACACAGAGGCCUGCAUGCAAGUAGUAAAGCAGUUGUUAAAGGCUUGUUAGUAAAAUGUAGUUAUAUUAGAAAAAAAUUUUUCAUUUGAAGCCAAAUGAACAAUACUCCAAAUACCAUUUAAUAAGAACUCUUGCUUGAAGAAAGGCUUCUGAAAGGCCCAUGUGCUCCAGUCCCAGCUCCCAAAGCUGCUGGUGACAAGGGCCCAGGUGUGGAGCCCCAGUCUGGGAGCUCCUCACUUCUAGCUGGCCAGAGGCUGGGGUCCACAGUGGGCCUGCCUCUGCUUCAGAAUCAAUAACAGAGAUCUUAAGUGCAAUUGAUGAAAUAAUAAUGAGUUACUGUAGCUUCCUUUAGCUCUACCGAGCUCUUUUUAAAAACUCAAGCAGCCUUAGAAAAGGGAGCCAGGGGUGGGAGGGUGGCGGGGGGGAGACGACAGGCCAUCUCCUCCAGGUGGGUUGCUGUGAACAUUUAAAUGAAAGCUCUCUUUCUAGGAGCUCGAGCCAUUUCCUGGCUGCUGCACAAAAGAGUUUUUAAAGAGGGGUCGGAGCCGCCAUAAAAGUGGGUCUUAAACACUGCAUGGGGUUAUACCUCCUGAUGGUCUUGGUUUCUGACCAUUGUCCAUAGAAAUGCUCUCUCACCAACUUGCCCCACUGUCCCAAUUCCUCUCCUGUUAGAGGGGAAACUGUGAUUACCUCAACUUGAAUAUGAAACUGUGAUUGAAAAAAGUCAAAAUGUUAAGUUUCAAAGCCAAAAAGGCAAAGCUGGCUGAGGCUUCCAUAGACACUCCUCAGCCUGCUUGGGAGUGUGAAGGGCACACUGGCGAAAGGGCAUUCCUUGGGGCGUACUUGCUGUGCCCCUGGUGAAGAGGCACACUAGCGGUGCGCUGUGUGAGCUCUUUGAGGACUGAGGCUGGGAGGAUGCUUCCUCCCCACACUGCCCCUUCUGUAACCUUUGGGGCCUCUGGGUCUUGGAUGUGAAGAUUAAUAUCCACUUGAUUCCUCUGGACACUCCAGGUGGAGGUGUGGGGUCUUAGACUGUCUCUAGAGGAAGGGCCAUGACACUGUGUUUGAAAUUUUGACCUUAGAAGUGGAUACCAGGGAUCCAGCCAAAGACAUCAGGUUCCUAGGGAUAGGCAGAAGUCCUCCAGGGUCUUACAUGCUUUCUGCCCACUUUUCUAUUAGCAGCUUCAGUUUUAUAUCACCCCGAGUGAGUGUGAUAGUGUUGAAGUCGCUGAAGUUAUAGGUUAUUUUACAUUUUGAUGUGGGAUUUUUCUGUUUUUGAUUGGAAGGAGGCAGAAAUUGGAGAAAAGGGAUCACCCUAGGAAGGGGCCACUGGCAAGGAGUGGAGUUGGCCCCACAGAGUCCUGGGGGCUGUGACCUGAGGCCUGGACACUAGGCCCUGUGGGUCUCAAAAAAAAAGUACCCUCCUAAAUUCUAUUAGGAUUUUGGAAAUUUUUUGCACAGUAAUAAGCUCUGGAUUUGCUCUUUGGGCUUGUCAAAAGGGAAAAGUUAACUCAAAGAUUGUAAGCUAUUAAGUAUUCCAGCCGUGUUGCUGACCUAGAUGGAUAGUUGUACCUCAAAAAGUAGGUGAGAAAUCGCUUCCUCACUGUUCCAGGUUGUCAAAUACUAAUGACAGAAGAGCUCACUUACGUGCCAAAAUUCACUUUUAUACUAGUUUUUCAGUGCUUUAAUAUUCGUAACUUAAAUUUUAAAACUCCUAUUUACAAACACUACUGUAACUUCAGUGAAACAAUUGUGUGAUUGAAGCUUUUUGCUUAUUAUAGUAUUUAUUACACUACUUAAUUCAGUAAAUAUAUAAAAGUAGCCUUCAAUUUAUUUUUAUAUUAUUUUCAUGUUUUUUACCUGCAGUUGUGUAUGUGAAUUUAUCUUGUUAACUG